CAAGGCAUUUCGAAGGACGCUUGUCUGUUUAUUCCGCCUUGAAACAAUCUAGUCGACCCGGUUUUGCUGUCAAGUUUUCAAACAUUUGUGGCCAUGAUUUGGCCCGGCGCUUAAGUUAGUCCGGAAACCUUGAAAACCGCUGUGGUCCGCAUGUGUGCGAGGCGGCUGCAGUUGGUACUGCUAUUUUCAGUUGGUCUGAUGGUUUCUUACAUUUUCAGUUCAGUUCUCCAUGAAGUUUGAGGAGUUCUGCCUGAGUCAAAGUGAUAGAUAGGCUGAAUGAUACCAGAAUUAAAAUGCUGGCAAAGAACGAUGUGCUCUCCGAGUUUAAGAAUGUUCGGAGCUAUGAGCGGGUUGAUCUGCUUUGUAGCUUGUUAGACUUGUGUCUGCCUUACGAGUUACGUUUCCUGGGCACAUGCCUUGAAUUUCUAGGUAAACGCGAUUUCAUAGAAUUGCGGGAGGACGAACGUCACGCAAACAAUGUGAACCAUAUAACCCAGUAUCGUAGUUUAAUGGAUGAAAAUACUCGAAGAAAGCUAGUCCUGUAUGUGUCCCUGUUGAAGUCCUGCAAUAGUGACUGUGCCAAUUGUCUGAAUGAUACUUUAACGGCACUCUGCAUUAGUGAUGUGAGUCAAGUUUGUCGAGCAGAACCUGAAUAUGCUGAAAAACUGCUCGAUGAGCUGCUACUUUUAUACACCAUUGCGGUGAAGCACCCUGCAUUCAGCUUACAUCAGAAGACAGAAUUUGCUGCGCACCUCUCUCGUCUCCAAGAAGAGGACAACAGACUGUCACAAAUUCUUUAUUCCAAUGAAGAUGGAAUCACCUCAACUUCAAGGAUCUCUAAAUCAGUGGACUGCAUACCAGAAACGCCAUGCAAACCCAAAGAUUCUCCUUCAAACAACAUUGAAGACAGUUCUAGUCAAAUCUCAGUCAAUUCACAAGCUAACCAGCUGACUUGCCAUGUACUGUCAGGGUCUGUGUACACAAGUGCAGUCUUACCCUCUGCGCUGCAUCAGGCAUCGGCAACUUGUCUGAAUCCAGCCCAUGUCAUGGUGUCUUCCAUGUGUGGUCAUAAUGCCUCAACUGUUGUGGCUCCUUCUCCUGGUGACAUUCAACCUGAGAGUGCUUCCCAUUUGAGUGGUGAAACUGGUCAUUCUGUGAUUGCGGUGGGCCUAACAGCCUCUCCUGUAACUUCCAACCUAAUGGUGGGUCCUGGGCCUGGACUAGGGCCGGGUAUAGGGUUGCCAUUAACUUCCACUAGUCACUGUAUGAUGCCAUCCUCAGGUGAUAUUCAAAAAGGUUCCAUGGGACAUCCAAAUAUCAUUGGGCCGAUGAUGUGUGUUCCAUCUGAUUCUAUGGCCAUGUCUUAUCCUGGACAUGCACAUUACAGUAUGAUGGUACCUAUUGUUAGUCAUAUACCUGGUCCCCCUCUAGGGUGUCCUGCAAGUAUGGCACCAACUAUGACACCACCAGGUGCUUCUCUCACACUGUCCAACAUCAAGCCUGUCACAUCAUCUGCUCCCCCUGGACCAUCUCCCAGCUCUAUACCCUCAAAACCCAUAAUUUCAUGCUCUUCCCCAAGUGCCACAACCGUGUCUAUCACUUCCAAAGAAAAUAGCAUCAAGUCUGAGCAAGGAGAGGCCCUGGGUAGUCAGCCGGUUUCUCCAGCAAACACUCCUCCGCCUGGUCCUAAAGCACAGGUUUCUAAUAUGAAGCCUUCUGGUCCUCUGUCACAUAAUCCACACCAGCUAUUACAGCAAUCCCAUCUUCCUGCAUCAAAUCAACCCCAAGUGCCUCCGUCUUCCCAGCAGCCUUAUCAACUUACUCACAAUAUGUUCCCAACAAGUCAACAUCAACUGUCUUCUCCAAAAACCAACUCAACUAUCGUUAACCAAGUUCAGUAUUAUCCAAAUCAAAUCAUGUCCAUUGGAAGUUUUGGCCAACAUCCACAAUCUCCUCAUGUGUCAAAGUUCCCUGGGCAGUGGUGCCCUCCUGGGGAAAAUCUCAAGGAAGUAAUAGUUCGUGAAAUGCCUAAUUAUAAGGCUAACCUUCAGGACUAUUCUCCAGAUGAGCUUCUGUACAUGAGUGAUGAUCAGCUCAAGGACAUUGGUCUAUCUACAAGUGCCAUCCAGCAACUACGCUCAAUUAUUAGCAAGCUUCACUCACCUACCAAUGGUCUUAAUUGCUUAAAUAGGAGUGAUGCUGCAUUUCUCAAUGAGCAGUCUUCCAGACGUAGGCACUAUCAUCCCUCUGACAACAAGGCAGUUCCUUCAAUGCAGGGUCCCCCUCCAGGAACUGUAAAUUAUGCCUACAUGGUGCCAUCCUCUUACCCAAACAGUAUCAAUAAUAUUGGAAGUAAUGGAUCUUCAUUUAACAAAGGCAGCAAGCGACAUCUUCAAAUAACCAAUCAAGUUCGAGCCUUGCAGUUGGAGGAUGACAGUAGAAGGCCAUGCUCUAACAGCAGCAGCACCUCUGAUUGCUCAAGUGGGAGUCACUCUCCACCUGAAACUCCGUCACUUCCUCACAUUUCAGAGGUUCCUUGUGAUCACCAUUUAGAUAGAGGGUACUCUGGAAAAGAUUCUGGAGCAGAAUCUUGGAAUUCUGCAAAUAGUGAUGACAAGAACAGGGACGAUAGGCUACAUGAAGGGGAACGUGUCAUAGACGAUAGAUCCCGGGGCUGUGGUAACCAGCCUCCUGGAGUUCAACGUAAUCUAGUUAAUAGAAGUCGAGGCCUGAGCAAAGCACCACCUGGUAUUCCCACAAUACCACGAGGUCGAGGCCACCCUAUGGCUGAUAAAAACCGAAGAGAUCCUGUUAGCUCCAUGAAUGGUGUGCCAUCAGACAUGAACAAUCAACCCCCACCGUAUGCCAUGUCUGGUGCCACUGGAUUGCCUAGUAGCGUUCCAUAUCCUGCUCCUCCUGUAUCGUCAUUCCUACCUCACACUCCCUUUACAACCAUGCAUGCAUUUCAUAGAUUUCAGUCUGGCAGCUUUCUUCCCUCAGGUACGGCAUAUCCCUUCCCACCUAAUGGAGAAAUGUGGAGCCCCUUUCAUCAGCCCCCUCAACCCACUCACCCAUACAUAACUGCACCCAUUGUAGCGUUUUCUCCCGCCCAUCCUCCUCCAAAACUAUCGUGUUACAACUGUGGCCGACCAGGACAUCAGGGGUCCGAUUGCAAGGAAUCAACUUUUGAAGAAAUAACUCAGCAAGGGCAAUAUCACUUGGACUACAAGCCUGGAGAUUGUCGAGACGCUGAUAAAUGACAGUACUCGUUAUCAGGCAAGCUGCGUGCCUAAGUUGCUGUUCCUGUUCCUCAAUCCAUAACCAAAGCUCCUUCUGUUUGCUCCGUCCAGCCAAGUGGGGAUGGCAGCAAGUACAGGGCCAGUUUACCAAUCAUCAGUUCAUUGUUUUUAUUUUCAUUUUUUAAUUUGCUUUACAAGAGUGUUAGAUGAGACAAUUUUGAACCAUGAAAUGUUAAUGUUUCAUUGCUAAAAAAAAAAACAACAACAUUUUUUCAUACAUUUAAUUUAGAUUCUUUUGACCCUAUUUAAUGUACUUCGAAUUUUAAUUUGUAUGUGUGAUUAUCAUGCAGUUUUAAAUGUUUCAGUCAGUGUAGAUGAAAUGAUAUUUAUUACAGUACUGAAUGAUCAAAUAUUUUCAAUAUGUUGAGAAUUUAUAGUUUGAUGCCAUUUUUUUAAUUAUAUGAAUGAUUAUAACCAUGUUGGUCCUGUGCUGGCAUCUUAUAAGUUGUUGUUAAUGUUACCUUUGUUAGAAUGGAAUAGACCCAGCCAUGACUCUCUAGGUUGUUAAUGUCUGGUCUGUACUAUUAAAUAAUUUAAGUGUGUUGUACAUUUGUGUGUUGUUUGACAAAAGGAAUGUCAAAAAUGUUGUGUAGGUAUGUUUGAAUAUAUGUUUGUGUUAAUUGUCUUUGUAUGAUGUGACUCUUACCAUUUGAAAUCAACAAACCCUCAUGAAUGUAGUUGCUGGUCAACUCAAGCCAGAAAAGAUGUCAAAGCCUAUUUAUGAAGAUUUAAAUUAUGAGAUUCCUUGGAAGUUUGCUCCACUUUUAUUUCUUCAAACUGCAAGAAGAAGCCAAAAGUUUUUAUAAAAUCUGGCAUCUUAUUUUAUUGCAUUAAUUUUUCUCAAAAGUUUAUCUAUGUAUUUUUGUGAUGUGCAUUGCAUCAUGAGAAGUUGUUGAGCUUUAAAUGUGACAGUCCAUUUUUGAAGGCAAACAAAACGAGUCUUUUUGAAUACCAUAGUGAAAAUUGUUCUGUUGUUGCUAUUGCAAUAUUUAUCAAAAUUGUGAUUCAUUAAGACUUGACGAAGGAAAAUUGUGUAUGCACAUGUUAAUAGCCUUUUGCUUAUCUGUGUUAAACUAACUGAAAUGGAUGAUUUGCAUCCUUGAAUACAUCGUAAUCUGAAGUUUCACAUACUGGGAUAUAUACUGUAAUGUAUAUACUUUAUCCUGUGCAUGUAUUUGUGUGUUUACACACAUGGCGUAACUCUACUUCAGAAAUCAAAUAAGAAUUGGGUAUGAAUGUUUUAAGAAAGAAACAAGUACAACAUCAAAU